AUGGUUCUCCGAGAUGAAGGUGUUGUCGAAGGUGGGAGCGCCGGCCCGCUCAGCCUCAAACUGCGGUUUCUCCGUGAGGUGUUCCGCAAGGUCAAUGAGUGCGAAACUUCUGAUAUUCUUGACCCGCACCUUCUUUGUUCGACCUGCUAUGUGGAGCUCCUGGAGAAGGACAAGUCCUGCUGCAACCGGUGCUUCGCAGUAGAGCGUAUACUGCAGUCUGUCCAGGUCCUUUGCCCCUACGCGGAGUAUGGCUGCACAGCCAAGAUGCCCUACCAUGAGAUGGAGGAGCAUGAGAUGAAGUGCAUGCACGCGCCAUGCUUCACUGGAUCAAACAAAGUGCAGCCCAUGCCCCUGCACGAUGGGUUACCAUCGGAUUCUUGCACGCUUGUUAUCCAAAAUGUAUCUCGCGUCAAUAUCAACAUCAACAAUCGUGAGCGCAAGAAGAAGAUGCAUGAUAAGAGGAGUUCAAAUUGUGAUAAUCAGUGCUCAGCUGGGUCGGUUGUGAAAAUGGGUCCUUGCGGCGGUGGUGGCGGCAAACCAUGGAAGAUGGACAUGCGUGGUGUCAACCGUAUCAUUAAGGUGAUUGUUCGCCACGGCGCCGCGGUCGACUCCAUGUCGGUGUUGUAUGAGCGGGGUGGCCAGAAGGAGAAGACCAAGCUGUGGGGAGGAUCUGGGGGCAAGCGCUCUGAGAUCUGUUUGGAGCCAGACGAGCACUUGACAAACAUCAGAGGCCACUACGGCUUCUUUAACGGCUGGUUCGUUAUCAGGUCGCUCACUUUUGUGAGCAACCGCCGCACUUUUGGGCCGUACGGGGAGGAGACAGGCACUGCAUUCAAGCUCCCAGGAGCCGGCGGCAAAAUCCUUGGCUUCCACGGGCGUUCGGAAGGCCUCCUUGACGCUCUUGGCACAUAUGUCAAGAUGGGCUAG